CCUCCUGCAAUAAACACACUCGCCUGCAGAACGGGUCUGCCAUGGAUCUGUGAUCACUUUCAUUUUAUUUCCCUUUUCCCCCCACACCCCCUCAAUUGUUAAAGAUUGUUUUCGAUUACAUCGUUAGUGAUUGUUCAGCAGGAGAACAAUGUGGAUCCAGGUUCGGACCAUAGACGGAAAAGAAACACGAACCAUAGAAGAUCUUUCCAGAUUAACUAAAAUUGAGUGUUUAAGGUUAAAAAUCCAGGAGAUCUUCAAUGUAAACCCGGAACAGCAGAGAUUGUUUUACAGAGGGAAACAGAUGGAAGAUGGCCAGACCCUGUUUGACUAUAACGUGGGCCUGAAUGACAUUGUGCAGCUGCUCAUCCGUUCACAGACUGACCCACCUGAUGCCCAGGGCAAGAAGAAGGAGAAAGAUGUCACUGGCUGCAGUUCGGGGACCCUAACCAGCAACAACAAUGGGAACAAGUCUCUAAGUCCGCAGCUGGACAAUCAGCCCUCUACUUCUGCACGCACUUUUCUCAUUGACCCUGGCAUUGGCGUGUAUAAGAUAAAUGAGCUCGUGGACUGCAGGGAUGUUAGUAUAGGCGCCUGGUUUGAAGCAAGUAUAGAGAACGUGACCAGAGCCACAAAAGGACAAAAUGGCAAGGCCACAGGCAAAAGUGGGAAGAUGAGCAAAAGGACUAAUGGCAAGCUGGACCAAAACCAUUCUUCCCAUGGCAGUAAUGGAAACAGUAAUGGAAACUCUGCGUUUAACUUGGACACUGCACCUUCCACAUCUUACAUGGACUGCUUGAACAGUGAGGAGGAUGUUACUUAUCAUAUCAAAUAUGACGAUUAUCCUGAAAAUGGGGUUGUCGAAAUGUGUGCAAAUGAUGUGAGGCCUCGUGCUCGGACCCUGCUGAAGUGGGAUCAUCUACGAGUUGGCAUGGUUGUCAUGGUAAACUACAACAUUGAGAUUCCAGAGGAAAGGGGCUUCUGGUUUGAUGCGGAAAUCACCUCUUUGAAAGAGAUCUCAAGAUCAAACAAGGAAGUCAAAGUGAAAAUCCUAUUAGGAGGCCCUGAUGAUGUCAUUAGUGACUGCAAGCUCCUCAUUGUGGAGGAAAUUUACAAGAUUGAGAAGCCAGGGGCACCUCCAUUGACAUCUGCUGAUGGGCAGUUUAAACGAAAGAGCGGGCCAGAGUGUAAGCACUGCAAGGCUGACCCAGAAGCAGAGUGCCGGUUCUGCUCAUGCUGUGUGUGUGGAGGGAAGCAAGAUGCUCACAUGCAGCUGCUGUGUGACGAGUGCAACAUGGCCUUUCACAUCUACUGCCUGAACCCACCUCUCUCCAAGAUCCCCGAGGACGAGGACUGGUACUGUCCUACUUGCAAAAAUGACACCAGUGAAGUUGUGAAGGCAGGUGAAAAACUGAAGGCGAGCAAGAAGAAGGCCAAGAUGCCCUCUGCACACACUGAGAGCCAGAGGGACUGGGGCAAGGGGAUGGCCUGUGUUGGUCGGACUAAAGAAUGCACAAUUGUCCCCUCAAACCACUAUGGGCCCAUACCUGGAAUCCCUGUAGGAACAACAUGGAAGUUCAGAGUGCAAGUGAGCGAAGCUGGUGUCCAUAGACCACACGUGGGCGGAAUCCAUGGACGGAGCAAUGACGGCUCCUACUCGCUGGUGCUGGCCGGAGGAUUCGAAGACGAAGUGGACAGGGGAGAUGAGUUCACCUACACCGGGAGUGGGGGGCGAGACCUUUCAGGAAAUAAGCGAAUUGGAGAACAUUCAUUUGACCAAACCUUGACCCACAUGAACAGGGCUCUGGCUCUGAACUGCGAUGCCCCCCUCAAUGACAAAGAUGGGGCGGAGUCCAGAAACUGGCGAGCGGGGAAGCCAGUGCGUGUGGUAAGGAGCUCCAAAGGCAGGCGCAUCAGCAAGUACGCACCGGAAGAGGGCAACCGCUAUGAUGGCAUCUACAAGGUAGUAAAGUAUUGGCCAGAAAUUGGUAAGUGUGGUUUCUUGGUGUGGCGCUACCUGCUGAGGCGUGAUGACUCAGAGCCAGCACCCUGGACACCUGAAGGGGCUGAGCGAAUCAAGAAACUGGGCCUGUCUGUGCAGUACCCUGAGGGCUACCUGGAAGCUAUGGCCAACAAGUCCAAAAAGGACAGAGGCAAGAGGAACUCUGGGAAACAGGAUAAGCCAGAGAAGGCAGAAAAGAAGGAGAAAGGGAAGGAGGAGAAGAAAGAGCCAGAGACCUGCCCCCAGAGCAAUGGCAGUCAGAAGAGACCCCAGGAGACAGAGACACAAGAUCAUGAGACUCCAGCCAAGGUGGGGAAGUUGGCAGAAAAAGGAGAAGCAUUCCAGCUUUCAGCACAGCAACAAUGGCUCAUCCGGGAGGACUGCCUCAACAGGAAACUCUGGGAUGAAGCCCUCAAUUGCAUCAUGGAGGGACCAAACUUUCUUAGGAAGGUGGAGCAGAUCUUCAUGUGUGUUUGUUGCCAGGAGCUGGUGUAUCAGCCUAUCACAACAGAGUGUCUUCACAAUGUCUGCAAGACCUGCCUGCAGAGGUCUUUCCGUGCAGAGGUCUACACCUGUCCAGCCUGUCGUCACGACCUGGGGAAAGAUUACAUCAUGGUUCUCAACAAGAUCCUUCAGUCGCUGCUGGACCAGUUCUUCCCGGGCUACAGCAAAGGUCGAUGAGACGAUCAUGCAAUGCUGUCAUUUCUCAACCGACAUGGACUGACAGUUCUUAACCCAGCUCUUCAAUCACACCGGCCUGCCAUUCGUGUACUGAGAUGCCAGCAGUGGAUUCCACAGCCGUUCAACAGCUCAUACCUCCCCACACCUGUAUCUUUUGCUCCUGAUCGGAGACUGGAUUCCACACAACCAACACCAUCUAUCUCUGAGACCAGUAUCCCAGGUAGUAGCUGCCAGUCAAAUUCUAAAUAAAAAGAAAAACAAGUGCAGCACAAAUUUAGCAGGUGCUUGAGAUUUCACAACUACCUCAGGGAACAGGAGAAGGUAUCGGUUGGGGGUUUCAGUUUUGUUUUUUGGUUCAUUGAAGUUCAGCUCCUUGCUGCUUCCAGGUAGUUUGUGCCCGAUCCAUAGAUGCUUUUUUGUUGUUGUUGCCGUUCUGUUAUUUUUUUGUUUGCAAUGAAUACAACAACAUUUUAACGGAUACAAAAUAAUGUUUUAAUGAGUAUAUCUUACAAAAACUGUGAUGUGCAUACCCCUUUUCAGCUAUGACUUCAUAAUUCUGUACUUCUUUUCUGCACCGAAUGGCAAGCUAAUAGUCUAACUUUUGUGAGCUUCACUGUGUUUUCUUCGUUCUUGUGCCCUACAGUCGACUACUAACAGUUUAGAGAUCAAAUUGAAGCUUUGCUCUUGCAUUAGUGUUGUGUUGUAUGUUUUUAUUGCACUUACUGAAGAAAAAAAAGUCACGUCUAAAUUCCUUUUACUACUAAAUAUGCCACUUUUAUAUAUUUUAGUUGCAUAUUAUAUUUUAAUCAUUAGUUCCUUUGUAUGUGGCGAUCUUACCUACAGCAGUCAGCUUGAAGAGGGUUACAUUGCUUCAUAUUGUGAUCUGAAAUUUUAUACAUGGUAUAUUACUUGAUAUGUACCUAUUAAAUAUUUUGAUUCCAGAAAA